AUGGUCCGAAGGGUAGUCAAUGUGACUUCUCCUCGUUUGCAUCAGACAUGGAACCAAUCCUGUCGAGGAUUCCGAAUAACCUCGUUGGACCAGACAAACCAGCCUGAUUUAUAUCAAGACACGACGGCAUGUUCUACAAAGAGUGUUAAGUCAUCCAAAGUACGCUUUCUGCCUCCUCGGCCAAAGCGUAUCGUGGUGGGUAUCACCGGCGCCACAGGUGCACCCUACGCUAUCAGACUUCUCGAGAUCCUCAAAGAACUUAAUGUCGAAACACACCUAAUAAUCAGCAAAUGGGCUCUUGCCACGUUGAAAUAUGAGUGCUCACUUACGGAAUCUCAAAUACGAAGUUUGGCACACAGCAACUACACCGCAAAAGACAUGUCAGCCCCAAUCGCAUCAGGCUCUUUCCAGCACGACGGCAUGGUAGUUGUGCCUUGCAGCAUGAAAACACUAGCAGCAAUCAGAAUUGGCUUUGGCGAUGAGCUAAUCGCUCGCGCAGCAGAUGUCAGCCUGAAGGAGAACAGGAAGCUUGUACUUGCGAUCCGUGAGACUCCGCUCAACGACAUACAUUUGGAUAACAUGUUGUUCCUAAGAAGAGCUGGCGCCGUCAUAUUUCCACCCGUGCCAGCAUUUUAUACUCGGCCUAGGAGUCUCGAGGAGGUGGUCGAUCAGAGCGUGGGUCGCAUGUUGGACAUGUUGGGGUUUAACAUGGAAGGGUUUGAGCGAUGGGACGGAUUUAGGAAAGAUUAA